GUGAUGCGCUGCGCCCGGUUACGGGCCCGACAGGAGGCGCCUCCCAUCAGGGCGCGAAUGCCACUAGCCACGAACAAGAAUUGCCCGGCCGUGCUGGGCCUCCGGCAGCGAAAAACACUCAGACUGGCGAGUGUUCCUGUCUUGGCUCCCACCGCCCGCGCGAGUCCAAGGCGGUUCUGGAGCCCCCUCGCCUUCGUUACUUUCCUAAGCUUUGCUACGCGUUUCUACCGGCUGCGGGAGCCGCCGCACAUCUGCUGGGAUGAAACACAUUUUGGAAAGAUGGGGAGUUAUUAUAUUAACCGGACAUUUUUCUUUGAUGUCCAUCCACCUUUGGGGAAGAUGUUAAUAGGACUUGCUGGCUAUCUGAGUGGUUAUGAUGGGACUUUUCCUUUCCAGAAGCCUGGGGAUAAAUAUGAGCAACAUAACUAUAUAGGAAUGAGGAUGUUCUGCGCCUUCCUUGGUUCAUGUCUGAUCCCCUUCUGCUACCUCACAGUGCUGGAGCUGUCCAGAUCAUUGCCUGCAGCAGUGCUCACUGCUACCAUCCUGAUUUUUGACACUGGCUUCAUUACAAUCUCACAGUACAUUCUUCUUGACCCCAUUUUGAUGUUCUUCCUCAUGGGAGCUGUACUCAGUAUGGUUAAAUAUAAUUCUUACUCAGAUAGGUCCUUUACUGCUCCCUGGUGGUUCUGGCUGUGUUUGACUGGGGUGAACCUCGCUGGUGCAAUGGGGGUGAAAUUUGUUGGUCUUUUUGUUGUUCUUCUGGUUGGCCUGAAUACUAUCUGUGAACUUUGGGAGUUAUUAGGAGACCUAAGUCUAUCACUGGUCACAUUGGGAAAGCACUUCUUGGCUCGUGCACUUUGCCUCAUUGUACUGCCUCUUGUCCUCUAUACAGCUCUUUUUGCAGUGCAUUUUGCAGUGUUAAACAGAAGUGGACCUGGUGAUGGUUUUUUCAGCUCUGGAUUUCAAUCCCGGCUCAUUGGAAACAAUCUUCAUAAUGUUUCUGUUCCAGAAUAUGUAGCAUAUGGCUCUGUGAUAACACUGAAGAACCUUCGCAUGGCAGGAGGAUACCUUCACUCCCACUGGCACCUGUAUCCUGAAGGAGUGGGAGCAAGGCAGCAGCAGGUCACUGCAUAUUUACACAAAGACUUGAAUAACUUAUGGAUUAUAAGGAAACAUAACUUCAAUAGAGAUUAUUCAGACACUUCCUUCCCUGUGGAGUUUGUAAAACAUGGAGAUAUUAUUCGUCUGGAGCACAAAGAGACAUCAAGAAAUCUGCACAGUCAUCAACAUGAAGCCCCCUUGACAAGGAAACAUCUUCAGGUCACUGGAUAUGGGAUUAAUGGAUCUGGAGACUCCAAUGAUUUCUGGCGAAUUGAAGUUGUCGGAAGAAAGGAUGGGAAACGUAUCAAAGUCCUGCGAAGUCAAAUACGAUUGAUUCAUCUAGCAACAACCUGUAUCUUGGGUUCGACGGGAAAGACAUUGCCCAAAUGGGGCUGGGAACAAGUGGAAGUCACUUGCACUCCAUAUCAGAAGGAGACUCCAAAUACUCUUUGGAAUAUUGAAGAUCACAUUAAUUCCAGAUUGCCCAAUAUUAGUUUGGAUGUUUUGAAACCUUCCUUUCCAGAGAUACUACUGGAAUCUCACAUUGUUAUGAUCCGAGGAAACAGUGGCCUUAAACCAAAGGAGAAUGAAGUCACAUCAAAACCCUGGCAUUGGCCAAUCAAUUACCAGGGUCUGCGUUUUUCUGGUGUCAAUGAAACAGACUACAGGGUUUAUUUGCUGGGAAACCCGGUGAUUUGGUGGGUGAGUCUAAUUGCUAUUGGAUUAUAUCUUAUGAUGAUAAUAUUUAUAUCCGUGGCUGUGAAGCGAGGAGUUCAGCUAACAACUGAACACAAAGAGCUUGCUCAAGUUUUGCUGCAUGGUGGGGGAAGGAUUAUCCUAGGAUGGUUUCUCCAUUAUUUUCCUUUCUUCAUGAUGGGCAGAGUGCUGUAUUUCCAUCAUUACUUCCCUGCCAUGCUUUUCUCCAUCAUGUUGACAGGGAUUACGUGGGAUAUAUUCUUGAAAUUCUGUGUUUCGUUUUUUUCAACCAGCAUCCAAGCUAGGAAGAUUUAUAACUAUGGAAUAGCAGUGUUGGUCGUGCUCAGUAUGUACAGCUUUUACCUCUUCCAUCCUCUAUCCUACGGGAUGACGGGACCUCUGGCUUCUGAUCCUAGCAGCUCAAUGGCAGGCCUUAAAUGGCUGGAAACAUGGGAGUUUUAGAUCCAGCUCUUAAAAAAAAAAAAAGGAAUAAAAUGGAAGAAUAGACGUGGUCAAACAUUUCCGUCCAUUUGAUGAUUGAUAUGAAGAAUCUUCUCUUAAACAUUUCUGAGUGGAGACAGUGAACUAUCGAAGAAGGAGGCAACAGUGUGGGAGAACCUCUGACAGAAAGGUCCAUUGCUCCAGUCAUUUGAGCCAGCUGCUACUUUAAAGUUUGAACUGUCCAAGCAAUAUUUAAACACUCAUGCUGUCUUAUCAAGACAAUCUACAGCAAUGUCAUAAUGUGUGAUUUUGAGGAUGCAUGUGUUUCAAAAAGCUGUAGAUUAUGCAAUCUAUCUUUGUUCAAAUGUGACAUGACAACAGGGAAUAUCAACUGUGCUUUUAAAAAAAUGGUCUUUUGCAAAUGGGAUCAUUCAGAACCAAUAAUUUAUGAUGUUUUUAAAGGGAAGUUGUCUCUCUGUGUGUACACAUAUAUACCCUCAAGAAUCAUCUCUUUCUUACUUUGAUCUUAAAUAAUUGGACUUAAAUGUUUCAGUUGGUUGAAGCAUUACAGGUUUCUGUGCAUUCUUUUCUUCUAAGACAAAACACUAGUUAUUUCUAUUUUUGCAUAAUACUUCUGUCUCUCAGCACUAGCUACUAGUUGCAGUUAAGCAAGUCGUACAAUUACCUAGCAGACUCAUAGAGUUAUUAAAUUAUAACAUUCCACUCAUUACACCACUAUUCUAAGGAUUUUUUAAAGAGAAGUGAUGUUAAGUUUUUGGUCUCCAGCUCUAAAUUCCUCUGAUAUGCCUUUUGAGCAAGGCUGCAAAGCUGCAUUAGAUUACAUAAUAGCUUAGAGCAUUUGCUAACGCUGGCAUUGAUCUGAUUUAUCCCAUCACCUGAGGGAAAGCUGACAUGAAUGAAUGUAGAUUGUGCAAAAUAAGUGGUAAUACUGGGUUAUUCUUUGCUAAAGGCAUAAUUAUUUUGAGAAGUUUUUUCCUCUUGCUAUACUACACUAUCUUGAGAAAGAUUUUGUAGUUUCAGGGCAGCUUGAUAAUAGAACCAACCUCUUCAGCUGGAUAGAGGAAGAAUUUUUGUGAUUGCAUGGGAAAGAAACUCUGAAAAACAAUUUGACUGAAAAACAUUUCACUCUCAGUUAUUGUGCAAUGCACCAGGAUUUUUUAGAAUGAAUUUGGCUUCAGCUCUAGUUAACAUUGAUGACCUAUGUCCAGGUUACUGAGGUAUUCCAGUAAUUCGUUUUAGCAUGUGUAUGAAACUUUGAAGCCUCCCAAAUUCUAUUCUCCAUGCCAUCCUUCAUUUAUUGGCUAUCUUGGUUGGCAGGGAGACUGCUAAUAUCCCCAUGAUAUGAUUAUGUUGAGUAAAGUUUAGAUGUCCCAAUCCAAAAAAACCAAAGGAAAUACAACUGUAUUUAUUAGUCUGGCUUAAUCUAAUAAUUGUCACAGUGCAUUUGAGUUGUGUUUGGUUUCAAAUUUUAUCAUUUGCAGCCUUCCGAAAACUGACACCCUCCAAAUAUACUGGGAUUACAACUGGGAUUACACAAACACAGCCAAUCUCUAUGAUAUUUGGGAUCAAUGGGUCAACUGAGAAAGCAAGUUGAGAAAGGCUACUUUAGAUAAUGAUAAAAAGUCACAGGUUUCUUUUAUGUGUCCUAUUGAGCAUUGUAGAAAAUCAUUGUAACAGUUGGUAUAUUUCCUAUGGUAGGAAUCCAUUUAUUAUUUGGUGAUGAGAGGCUCAGUAAUCAUAUACAGGAGAGUCUUCAAACUUGGCAGCUUUAAGACUUGUGGACUUCAACUCCCAGAAUUCUCCAGCCAGCUAUGCUGGAGUUGAAGUCCACAAGUCUUAAAGCUGCCAAGUUUGAAGACCUCUGAUAUACAGGAACGAAAUAGAAAAAUAGAAAUAGCAGGUAGAGAUGACUGUGCUUAGAAGCUGCUGUUUCUUCUAUCCCCUGAUGCAAGGAAACAGGAAGACUUCAUGACAUCAGUAGCCAUUCAGUGGGUUAUAGGUAGAUAAUUUGAUAGCAACAGUUGUUAUAAAUUCUUGAUCAUUUUUUAUUAUGUGUUCAAGUGUUACUCUUGAUUACAUUUCUAAAUCAGGUCCCCAUAAAAUGGUUCUGAACUAUUCAUGUUAUAUACUAGUAUGUGUGCUGUAUAACAUGAAUAGAAUGAUUAGAAUGUACUUGGCUUUUUAAAGGAGGGCAGCCUUUUUUUAUUAAAAAUUUUUUGUGCAAAAUGGCACAACAAUUUAAUUUAGUAUUUCAACAAGGCUGCUGGACCCUUUUCUUCUGGAUACCGCAGUACUCCAGCGGACAAUUGUUCAGUGUAGCCUUGCCUGAUGUUCUGAUCAUUCAGCACAUGCUGUGGCUAAAAGGCAGUAUUGCAUAGAACAUUUUUUUUUUUGAACACAGUAGUUCCUUUUGAAUUUGAUGCAAUAAGACUAGUUUACCACUGUGCAAAGAGGGAUAUCCGAUCUGGCAUUAACUGCUGUCCUUCACAGCAUAAUGUCAAUAACUCCAAUAUUGCAGGCUAGCAUUGGGUGGCCUCUUGCCUGUAUGAAGAUAGUCCCCCUUAGCUCUUCUACCAUCACACUGCAAAUACUCAGUUUCUGUGGGAAAGAGUAAUUCUAAGUGAAUGUGCCUUAGCUCAGUAUUUUGUACUUGUGAUGCAUUAAUACAUGCUUAUGUCUCGACUGUAGUGUGCCUUUCCACAUAUGUUAUUGGUUUUCUUGUACUUUGAAAUCCUACCUUAUCGAUUUUUUCCCCUUUUUACUGCAUAUAAUUUUACUGCAUAUAAUUAACUAGCUUCAUUCAUUCCUUGUUUUGAAGCCUUUUUCUUUUUAGAACUCUUGAAAUAUACUAAAAGAAAUAUGCAGAUCAAAGAAUGAGUUGGCUGCAAACUCCUUUGAAGUAGGCCUUUGUUAUUUUGCAAAAUAUUUCUAUUAUCUCGUAGCAUUCAAUUUCACUGCUCUUUCAAUGUUUGGAUCAUUCACUUUCCUAUCAGUUACUAAAACCAUAUGGCUCCUACAAUUGUGUCUCUUCUUCCCCUUUGUGGUCUUGAUGGAACAUAGACCACUUUACCAUGAUUGAAGUCAUGACUAAAUAAAACUUUUUGUUUUGAGUCCUUGAAUUGCAUAAUCCUUGUUUUUCCAUACUAGGUUUGGACUGAAGUGGUGACACCACAAAUGGGAUAAGGAAGGAGAAGUCAGCAAUGCUGUACAUUCUCAUUGGGGGUCUAUGGCAGUGCAAUAGCAUCUCUUGAUAGCAAAUUUUUAAAAAGCUUUUCAUUCCUUGGGUUAUUGUUGAAGAAAUUCAGGUCUGAAAAAAGUCACAUGAUUGAUAGGAGCCCUUAUGCCUUUCUUUAUACAAUCUGUAUUAAAGUAAUGUUAACUCUGAGGUUACAAAACAACGAAUAAGCUUUUGAUUUCUCUAGAAUUUUUCAUCUAUUUAAAAGGUACACAAGAAGGAAAGAAGGAAGAAAUAGAUGCCACUGAAAGCAUAGUCUUAACAUGGAGUGUGGGAGGAGGUUGUGCCCAUUCAAAUGAAGCUCUUCCACUUACUAAAUGGUUUUAAGAUUUGCAGUCGUACUAUCUGGUUUCUAUAAGAAAUAAACAAUUUAAGAAAAAAAUUCUAGCUAUUAUUUCACACACUCUCUGCCCUUAGGUAAAACUUAGUCUCCUACAUUAUGAUUUUCCUUACUGAUGCUGCUAAUACUGAAGUUGUUAGUGUGUUUGGUUGUAAUUUGCAUAUGAUUACUGCCUGUAUGUUUAAGUUAAUACAUGUCAUUGCUCUUUAAGUGUACAUAGUACUAAUAUAAGAAAACUGCCUUUGAAGUGGCACUGUUUUUUAAAAGAGGGUUAAUUGAUAAAAAGAUUACCUUUUAAUUUUUUAAUAAAAUUUUUUUUUGUCUCAAACA